CUCCACCGGCGCCGCCAAGGCAGUGGCGAAGGUCAUUCCGGAUGUGAAGGGCAAGCUGACCGGCAUGGCUUUGCGCGUGCCGACCAUCGAUGUGUCCGUGGUUGACCUGACCGUGGAGUUUGGAGGUGGGAAUCCGUUUGAGGGUAUGAUGGCCAGCCUCACGGAGCAGCUCAUGCCCAUGAUCACUGCCCUGAUUCAAAAAGCUGUGCAGGAAGCCAUUGCCAAGGCCAUGGGAGAUGCUGCCACUCCUCCUCGUGUUGUUUUGCAAGAGACUGAUCCAGAGCGCCGGCCCAAGCGUCAUAAGCCUGAUCAUGCUCCCCUUCGUGACAAGGGCAGUGGCAAAGGUUUGAGUGCUCACACUCCUAGGGCUGCUGCUUCGGACCCUGCCGCAGCCACCGCUCGUGGGAGUGACGAUGCUCCUCCGACCAAGCCUGCGAGGAAAGGCAAGGGCCAGGGCACCCCGGUGUCCCCUGCUUCCAUCACUCACGUGAAAUCCGACCCGAACGAUGCCCGGGCACCGUGCUUUGCUGGGCACAAGGCUGAGGCUGUCAAGGUCGCGCCGGCUCGCACCUCGGUUGUGUACUUCAAGGUGCCUGAAAUGUACAUGUCGGCUGAGCAAUUCAAGCAUUGGAAAAACAACCCGAGCCGUGCUGCGUCGGCCUGGGCAAUUUCCCAUCAAGUCACCCUGGCCGACUCUUGGGGCUGGGUUGAAGAACAACCUGCUGGCAAGCAGGGCAGGCAGCUCUUUGGCAUUGCCCGCCUGUUGGAAACCGAGCUUUCCUCCUUGGUUGCAGUCAGUGGUAGAUCGGGAGUCUUCGUUGAUGUGCCGCGUGGCAGCCUUCCCUCAACGGUGCAAUGGCUUGCGCAAACCAAGGGCGAAGCGCCGAUUGCGUACCUUGAGCGAGGCCUUCGCAUGAGUGCUCCGUAUGGAUUGGCCACCCAGGGUGGAAG